AACCAAUUGAGAUAUUUUAGUUUGAAAAAUUUGAAAAUUUGGCCGAUCAAUGGUCGAUCACGUUAGGUCAUUGCAUACAGGCCUCGUCGCCGUUCCAUUCAAGCGUUUCAAGACUUACUCCUCCACGAUUGCAGCUACGUUGGACGAAUAUAUUAUGGCAUAUCCCCUUGAUCGUACAAGUGACCAAGGUUGAUCAUGCGCGGUCGUCACUACUUGCCGGCGAGACUGGAAGGUAGUCGGCCGUCGUGGCGUGGUGGGGGCACUGGGUUGGUUCAAUCGUUCGUUUGAUUUGGGAUAGACCCACCAUGACCAAAUGCAGCACAACAUGCACGGCCGCGACGGCUGCGUACCAGAGCGGCGCAUAGGGCGACGACAGGUCCAUGAAGAAGUACGGCCACGACUGAUGCCACGUGAUGUGGUCGAUCCAGGUCACGACGGCGUAGAGCACGGGGAAGAGCACGACCAAGCCCACGCUUUUCCAGCGAAUCGUAAACGAGUUCAGCGAGAACUCAACCAGAAAAAUCAAGACAUUCGCGCCGUGUUGGACGUACACAUUCCAGUAGAGGACAAACGUAGGGUCCACGGGAUGUACCGCGACCCAGAAGAGCACGCUUACGAGGGCGCUGACCGUGACGGACGCGUCGAAGCACGCGUUCAGGUACCGCAGCUUCCUGUCCAUCGCCACGUCGCGGCCCCAGGACGACCGCCGGUGCCAUUGAUCGACCAACGCCCACACAAAGUAGAUGGUUUGCAAGGUAAAGCCCCAUACAGUGUAGUAAAUCCAAGCAUAAGGCAGCCCAGAGUACGCCAGCGAUGUGAUGAAAAACAUCACGACCGCCCCUCGAAAGCAAAACACUGGCCAAAACCAAUGGACCAACGAUGCCGCUUGAAGUGCGCUCUCGGCUGAGUCUCUGUGAACGUGACGCACGAUAGAGCGAAUACACGCCACGCUGAUGCUUCCCAUGAGGGCCGCCAGCAGCCACACUUGCCACAUGAUGGAACAAGACACUGUGAUCGCUCCAUGUCGGUUCAGAGAUUGC